AUGAGUGCUGCUGCUACUUUAGACAGAGGAUUCCAAAAUGGAGGUGAACGUGAUUAUAAUCAUGUUUCAGAUAAUGAAUAUAAAAAACUUCGUGAUUUAGCUGAUCAAGCAUUUAAAAAGAAACAACAAUUAUCAUCACAAUCUCAACAAGCUUAUAAAUCUGGAGAUAAACAAAAAGCUCAUGAAUUAUCAGAAGCUGCUAAAAAACAAGUUGAUAUUGCUGAUAAAUAUAAUUUCCAAGCUGCUGAAUAUGUAUUUUUAGCUAAUAAUGCUGAUAGUGAUGGUGAUGAAAUUGAUUUACAUGGAUUAUUUGUUAAAGAAGCUCAAUGGAUUUUAAAAAGAAGAAUCGUGGCAGGUGUUCAAAGACAUGAAUCUAAAUUAGAAGUUAUUGUAGGUAAAGGUUUACAUUCCAAAAAUGGUGUUGCAAAAUUAAAACCUGCAAUUGAAGAAUUAUGUGAUGAAGCUGGUUUUGAAAAUUAUAUUGAUCAAAAAAACACUGGUGUGUUAGUUAUUGAAUUACAAGGUGCAAGAUUGCCUUCAAGUUGGACAAAUAUUGAACCAAUUUCUGCUCAACAAGUUAGUGCAGGAGUUGAUCAACAACCAAAUAAACCACAAAAUGCGUAUCAUCCACAACAACAACCACAAUAUCAACAACAAUAUAAUAACAAUAAUAAUAAUUUCAACCAAGGUGGUUAUCAACAACAAAAUCAAAACUAUAACAACAACAAUAACAAUAAUAAUAAUAAUAAUAAUAAUAAUGGUCUUUAUGUCAAGAUUGCAAAGGCUGUUUUUGGUUUAAUCUGUCAAUUUGUUAAUAAAUAA